GCACUGCCGUACGUCACCAACCAGGAAACCGAGUGAAGAAUCACAACAGAGAGGAGCACCGCGGCUUCUUUUGCCGUCAGUCCUGCGUCGUGUUGCUGUUUUCUUUCAUCUCGGGACAUGUCACGCAAACCCAAAGAGGAAUACCACCGGUUCUUCUCCGUUACCGACCCACGGAGCCACGAGAAGGGCCACACGGAGUACAAAGUGACAGCCAGGUUCGUCUCCAAGCGGCAUCCGGACGACGUGAAGGAGGUGGUGGUAUGGAAGAGGUUCUCGGAGCUGAAGAAGCUCCACGGAGAGCUGGCCUACACUCACAGGAACCUGUUCAGGAGGCAGGAGGAGUUCCCGGCUUUUCCACGCGCACAAGUUUUUGGCAGGUUUGAUGAAGCUGUGAUCGAGGAGAGGAGGAAGGCAGCAGAGAGCAUGCUGUUGUUCACUACCAGCAUACCCGCGCUCUACAACAGCCCCCAGCUCAAGGAGUUCUUCAGGGGCGGCGAAGUCACGAGACCUCUGGAUCCCUCCCCUGCGUCCUCAGCCGGGCCUCUCCCUCCUCCGCUCAUCCCCCUGCCGAAGAGGAGGGCGUCUGACUGUGAACCCGCCGAGGAGGAGGAAGGCAGGGAGGCUCCCACCUUACCGCAGGACCUGGGCACCAACAUUAGCCUGGAGGUCGGGGAGCCGGAGGUGGCGGCCGAGGCCUACAGCGAGUUCGGAGGGUCUCCGGCAGAAGAAGAACAGGAGGACCUCAGCGACGCAGAACAGGACGACCGAGUGUCCUCUCCUGAGCUGUCUCUACCAGGACACCAGCAGUCGGAGGAGACCCAGGAGGACUUCGAUUCACUGUUUGACUCGGCGGCAGAGGAGCUGGUCCCGUCUCCUAAGGAGGAAGGACCCCCUCCUCUGUCUGAAAACGACCUGGCUGUCUUCGAUCCCUGCUACAAACAAGAAACGUCGGACUCCUCCGGCGACCACUCUGAGCUGUUCUCGCUGCCGCCGGCCAGUCUGAUUGGAGGAGACGUGGGCUACCUGAACCAAGCCGCCGAGGAGCUGACCGCUGCCAUGGAGAGGGAGAAGGAGGGCGAGCUCAGCUCUGCCAUCCGUGGGUACAGGACGGCGGUGGACAUACUCAUCACUGGAGUGCAGGGGGACCCGGAUCCUGCUCGCAGGGAGUCCGUGAUGAGAAGGACGGCCCAGUACCUGAAGCACGCCGAGAUGCUGGUGGAUCAGCACGCUUCGCCCAGUCACAGCCACGCAGCUGCACACACGCAGGAGCCCUAGGUGCACGCUGACAACACAGAGCCAGCUUAAAGGUGCUGCAGCUCGGAGGCAAAGCGACUCAGGGUUCAGGGAGAAUAAAAUAAAAAUACUAAAACAGUUUCUGUCCCCAGUUACUAACCCUUUUCUGGCUAUUUAAUACGCCAGUAAGGAGGUACGCAACACACGGCACACUGGCUCUUUAGAGACGAAUAGGACUGAUGUGAUUCACGGCUCUUGUGUCUUUUUUCUCUGUCUCUUGCUUUUGUAUUAUUGAUGUUUGUGAUGAGUUAACAUCUCUGUACGUCGGUGGUUUUGCAUUUUGCACAAUGUUUUGUUAAUAAAUCUGAUUUUAAUUUAA